AUGCUCAUUGGGCCUUUCCAGGAGAUCGCCACCAUCGCCGAGAAAGAGACGGGUGCUGCUUUCGAGGUGCAGAUCAAGAGCCCCGGCGCAGACAAGUUGAAGACCGCCGCUCGCCUUCGAUUGGAAUCCUACGAGAAGAAGCCGACAAGUCACCUACCGACACUUCUUGGUGCCCGGAGCCCCGUUUUGCUCAGGGAGCAGCGUGCAGACAAAGCGCGCCAAGCGAACGAGCAAAAGAAGGAGGCUGCCCAGCGCGUCCGAGAUGAGUUCAAGACAUCUUCGGAAGCGAAGCAGAAGACCCUGGAGCAGCAACUUGAGAAGGCCGGAGAGAACCGAGAAGAUGCGCUUGCGAGCAUUAAGAAGAAGGCGGCCCAGCACAUCGAGAAGGUGAUCGAAGUCAAGGACACCUCGAGACAAAAAGGCGAGAUGACGGCGGAAGAGGCCCGAGAUCGCUUGCAGCAGGCUUUGCUGAAGAAGUCCGACCUCCGCGGCCAGAAGAUGAAGGAGAUUUCAGACAAGGCGACCAAGCAUAACGAGGCUGUGGCUGAUAAGGUGAUGCAGCAGAAGGAGGCCAAGGAAGGGGCUUUGGAGGAGCUCCGCAAGAAGAUGCCCGACGAGCGCCUCAUGGACAUGAGCCUGCGCCUCUACGAGCAUCACUUUGUCGCUCACGCCGGGUGA